UGAGGCCUGUCUGACCUUUGACCUUUGACCCCGUGUCAGCUGGAGCGCUUCACCAGCAUGCGGACAAAGAAGGAGAAGGAGAAGGGAGGCACGAUGGGAAACAGACACUCUUCAGCCCCCCAGUUUGAAGUGUACCAGAGCGCCUCUCUGAACGAGCUGACGGACGAGUCUGUGCUGGAGCUGUUUGAGCAGAUGCUGGUGGAUAUGAACCUGAAUGAGGAGAAGCAGCAGCCGCUGAGGAAGAAGGACAUCAUCAUCAAGAGAGAGAUGGUGUCUCAAUACCUGCACACCUCCAGUGCUAGUAAGAGUCAGAAGGAGAGCUCCAGGUCAGCACUGAUGUACAUCCAGGAACUGAAGACCGAUCUGAGAGACGUACCGUUACUGAGCUGCCUGGAGUCACUGCGCGUGUCACUGAACAACAACCCCGUCAGUUGGGUCCAGACGUUUGGAGCCGAGGGUUUGGCUUUGCUUCUGGCGUUCCUCAGGAAACUCCAAGAUGAGAAAGAAGAUCCUUUGAAUCCUGGGAUUGGUGUUAAAUGUCAACAUGAGAUCAUUCGAUGUCUCAAAGCCUUCAUGAACAACAAGCACGGUCUUAAUGCCAUGCUGACGUCCAAAGAAGGAAUCCCUCUCCUGGUCCGAUCCAUCAAUCCAAAAGUGCCGCACAUGAUGGUGGAUGUAGUCAAACUGCUGUCUGCCCUCUGCAUCCUCGAGCGUCCAGGAAACACACACGAGCGAGUUCUGGAGUGCAUCACUGAACAGGCUGAAGAGCAGGAGAUUGAGCGGUUCCAGCCGCUGCUGUCCGGCAUGAGUAAAAACUCCAUCACGCUCAAGGCCGGCUGUAUGCAGCUGAUCAACGCUCUCAUCAGUCGAUUGGAGGAGCUGGACUUCAGGAUCCACCUGAGAUCAGAGCUGAUGAGACUGGGUCUCAGAGACCAGCUGAAGGAGGUGAGGUCGAUUGAGAACGAUGAGCUCAAGGUUCAGUUGCAGGUGUUUGAAGAGCAGGCUGAUGAAGACUCUGAAGAUCUUCGCUCACGGUUGGACGAUGUCCGUCUAGAGAUGGAUGAUAUGACUGAAGUCUUCCAGAUCUUGAUGAACACGGUGAAGGACUCGAAAGCUGAGCCUCUCUUCCUGUCUCUGCUGCAGCACCUGCUGCUGGUGCGAAACGACUACAUGUCCAGGCCUCAGUACUAUAAACUCAUCGAUGAGUGUACGGCUCAGAUCGUUCUGCACAGGAACGGCUGUGAUCCAGACUUCAAAUGCAGGAAGUUUGACCUUGACGUGGACCAUCUGAUUGAUAACAUGGUUGAUAAAACCAAAGUGGAAAUCAGUGAAGCUAAGGCCACAGAGCUGGAAAAGAAGCUGGACGCAGAGUUGACGGCCCGUCACGAGCUGCAGGUGGAGCUGAAGAAGAUGGAGGCCGAUUACGAGCAGAAGGUUCUGGAGCUGAGCACUGAGAAAGAGACGCUGGGGAAAGAGAAGAACGAGCAGGAGAAAGAGAACCAGGGCCUGCAGUCAGAGAUCAGCCAACUGAAAGAGAAGAUUGAGAAGCUCUCUAAAGAUCUCAAAGAAGCCAAAGCGAAGGUCAUCACUGUGACCGUGCCUGUGCCUGUGGCUCCGCCCCCCAGCCAGUCAGCUUCCUCUGUGCCACCUCCGCCUUGUCCUGGUGGAGCUAGCCUCCCACCUCCUCCUCCACCGGGACAAACAGCUAUGCCCCCGCCACCACCGCCGCCUCCUCUGCCCGGAGCACUUGGCCUGGCUCCGCCCCCUCCACCGCCUCCUUUACCCGGAGCACCUGGUAUGCCACCUCCCCCUCCGCCUCCACCUCUUCCCGGGGCAGCCAAUAUGCCGCCACCUCCUCCACCUUUACCGGGUGCACCUGGAAUGCCUCCUCCUCCUCCUCCUUUACCUGGAGCACCUGGUAUGCCGCCUCCUCCGCCUCCUCCACCUGGAAUGCCCGGUAUGCCUCCUCCACCUCCUCCGAUGGGCGGUCCUGGGAUGCCACCGCCCCCUCCGGGUGGGUUUGGUGGAUGGGCGCCUGCUGUUCCUCAGCUGCCCUUCGGCCUCCAGCCUAAGAAAGACUACAAACCUGAGGUGCAGCUGAAGAGAGCCAACUGGAGCAAGGUGUGUAUGUUCCCACAUGUCUGCAUCUCCUGUUUCGGAUAUAAAUGAUGGUACAUUCGCCUC